ACCAAGGGCAAACAGAGAGGACCAAUGGCACUGUUUAAUUAGAAUAUUGGGUAUUUUCGGGAAAGGAAUGGGAAGGAAGAUCAGGAAGUUGGCUUUAAGGGCCAGGAUGAGAAAUUAAGUCUUUAUCCUGAAAGUAUUACUGAGACUUGACAGUAUUGUAUACAAGGUAGUGACCGGUUCAGAGUGAGCCAUAAAGGGAAUGUUCUGGCUGUUUCUGCAGGACAGUCUGGGGAUAGUGAGGGAAAAUGGAAACAGAUAAUCCACCUAGGAAGCUUUUCCAGUACUUGAGUGAGAAGACCAUGAGAGAGGGAAACCAGAAACUCUCCCUCUCCACUUAGGAAAACAAAGUUUGAUCCACUCUUUGAAAAGAAUUCGAAAGCUUUGGAAAAGUAUCUUAGCAAGGAAGGAACACUAAGAAAAGUUGCUUGUGGAAGUUAGACCAAAUAGCAGAAGGUAUUACAGCAAGAUGGAUUUGGGAAAGGACCAAUCUCGCUUGACACGCCGUCAGACACCUAAUCCUCGUCAAGAAGAGAACCAUGUUCCAGAAGUCACUGGAACUUGGAAUUUGCGAAACAGAGAGCAACUCAGAAAAAGGAAAGCUGAAGCGCAAGAGAAGCAAAAUUUGCAGUGGCAUUUUGGAGAGAAAAAAUGCAAGCGGCCAAGGACAGGAAAAGGAAACAAAAGAGGCAGAAAGGGACGACAAAGUACGGAACUGAAGGAGGAACCUCAGUCACAAUUUAAAAAAGACACAAUGGAGAAAGCACUGGCACCUAUGGAGAAAGAAACUGAACCACCUAAGAGUAUAACUGAAGUGCUGUCUCUGCUAGCCUCUCCCAAAAAAGUUAUGCCUGAGACACAAUUUUCUGCAGUGGAUCAAGAAAACAUACAUCAGGAUCAUUCUUCUGAGUUACAAGAAACAGUUGUACAAAACCACCCUUCUGAAACAUGCCAAGAUGUGGCUGAACCUGAAGCCCCCUCUCCUACAAUGUACCAAGAAACGGCCAUGAUUCAAGGCCAUUCUUCCAUAAUGUGCCCUGAUACAGCUGAACCUGAAGAUUUUACUUCUACAAUGUGCCAGGAAAUAGCUGUACUUCAAAACCAUCCUUCCAGAAUGUGCCCUGAUACGGCUGAACCUAAAGCCCUCUCCUCUGCAAUAUGCCAAGAAACAGCUAUAGUCAAAGUCCUUCCUUCUAAAACAUCUGAAGACAUAGCUGACCUGGAAGCAUGCUCUCUUGAAGCAUUCCCCAAACCAGAUAUGCCUAAAGGGUAUGCUCUUGAGAUAUACCAAAAGAGAGCUGAACCUGAGGAAUACAAUUCUGAACCAGAACAAGGAAUGGCUGAGAUUGAAAGCUUCUUUCCUAAGACACAAGAAAUAGCUGUGCCUGAAGACCUUUCUACAAAGACACACCAAGAAACAGUUGAACCUGAACACUUCUCUCGUGAAACAUAUAAAGAAAUUGCUGUGCCUAAAGCAUUCUCUCAUAACACAACCCAAGAAGUGCCUGCUCUUGAGGAAUAUCCACCUGAAAUACACCAAGAAACACCUGGGCCUGAGGAAGACUCACCUGAAAUAUACCAAGAAACACCUGCGCCUGAGGAAGGCUCACCUGAAAUAUACCAAGAAACACCUGGGCCUGAAGAUCUUUCUACUAAGGCAUAUAAAAAUAAGGAUCUGCCCAAAGAAUGCUUUCCAGAACCAUAUCAAGAAACAGGUGGGCCCCAAGGACAGGAUCCUAAAGCACACCAGGAGGACGCUAAGGAUGUUUAUACUUUUCCUCGAGAAAUGAGAGAAAAACCUGAAGCAGAAGAACCAGAGAUACCAGCAAUUGCAAAUGUUCCUCAAGAAAUUCAUCCAGAAAAUGACGUCUUUAGUUAUGUUUUGUUUUAACAAUGCUCAACCAUCAAUAGUUGUCCAACAAAAUACACAUCUUAAUAUAUUACGUGUGUGAUUUUUUCAAAACACUGUAGAUCUCUACAAUACUCAUUAAUAUUUUAACGUUUUCUUUUUUUCAUGUAUAGACUCUGAGAGAAUGAAGGUGUUUUUUUCAGGCUCUGUUACAUAGAUGAUAUCCUGCUAGUGUGUGUGUGUGCGUGUGCGUGUGUGUAUAUAUACAUAUAUGC